GCACCUUUGGGGUCCUGCAGUGCCAGAACUUGGGUGCAAAGACAGAGAAAGGGGAAGGUAAAUCAUCCCUGUGGAGAUACUUUGAGGUCUUCUUGUGAGUCCAGAAUCCCUCCUCUACUGAGGUCAGGAGACCUGACUUAAAAUAGGCUUUAUCCUGUUGUACUUGGCUUUUCCCUGGGAAUGCUCUCCAAGUCCUACCAGUGGGAGUUGAAGGGUUGAGUGGAAUCCUGAAUGAGCAGGACAAAAAGAGAUGUGUUGCCUGGUGCUUCCUGGGACUGUCAAUGCAGAUUGUACUAAAGAAACAGUCAAAGAAAUUCUCCCUCUAACUGAUUCAUCCAACUCCAAUACCAUGGAUUGCUGGAUAUGGUCAAACCAGUUUGCCAGCAGAAUUUCUAAGGCAAUGUUUUGGAGCCUCCAGUCACUGUUGGGGAAAGCACAUGCCUUUCUACCCAGAAAAACCUUUUAUUGAUCAAGCAAGAAGAAAAGAAAAGGGAAAUAUGAGGGGAAAGGGAGAAUAAGGAAUAAUUCUCCUGUGGAGAAAUUGAAAGUGCUGAGCCCAGGAGCUCGAGUGAGGCAGGAGCUGUGCCCGUGGUGUGGGAGAUGCCGAUCAAUAGGGUGUGAUUGAGUGCUCCAUUAUAACCUUACACCAAAACCUGGUUCCUGUAACAACUGGUGGAGUUUAAAAGCCAUCUGUAAACUUCAGCAGGAGCUAACCAGUGCCCAGAACAACCCUGGGCUGCAAUUCCAUCAGUGGCACCCUGCCAGCACCUGCACUUUGUCUGGGUGAGCCAAACAAACAUCAUAUCAAACACGUUUUCAAGGGAAUAGCUUCACUGGGCCGGCUCUCAAAACCUACAGCUUUAAUGUGUUAAGAAAAAUAUUACAUAAAAACAGACACAAAACUGACCUGUUGGUUCCCACCAAGAGAAGAGUCUCUUGUUCUCAUUCUCAGCUGCAAACUCGAAGAAAGAAGCCUGGGAGGUUGUUUCUAAAAUGGCUGAGCACGUUCAAACAAGGCAAGAACCCUCAACAGAGUGAAGAGGAGCCCAUGAAGAACUUUCAUGGACGUUACAUAAAACAUGAGGCUCUUUAAGUAGUUUCUUUUCAUCCAAAGUGUCUUUGAUAAAUGAAUAAGGCAUUUAACAAGCCAUUAAUGAAGCAGGAAGUCUUUGAGGCAAAGAAAAUAUUAACUUCAAGUGGGCAAAACUGUGAAAGCGAUUCAGGAAAGUGAAGCCUCCGGAGCGAGCAGAUCAGAGAUUCGUCCGGAUGAUCACGUAUCUUGCUACAGGUAUCACCAACCUAUCUUUAGGCACCUUCUGGAAAGACAGUUCAUUGAUACCAGCUCCACCAGCCCAGGAAUUUGUUUGAUGUACUUAAGAGAUUGGUAACAAUAGCUCCUAACGUGACUGCGUUGCGAGGUGACAGCGUUUCCUUGGAGACAGUGAAUCCACCCAGCCCCAGCCUGGAUCCUUGCAGGUUCCCCCUCUCCAGAGGCUGUGGAACUCCCUCCCCAUGCAGGGGCAGAGAUGGGAAGAUAAGCUUUGACUGUAGACAAAUAGCCCUGUGCGAGAUGUGAGGACUUUGUGCAGCAGCGAGACAUGUCUGAAAGUUCCUCAGGUCUGACCACAAGCAAUCAAAAAUUCUGUGAAUCCUACUUAUCCUGCUGCUCCAUCCUGAGAGACACACCCCCAAUUCCAGCGGGUUUAUCACAAGGCAGAGGAAUCGUCCGGCCGAGCUGUGACUCUGGGCUGCCUCCCCCACUUCCUUCCGACUCCUUCAAGUACCUUGGCUGGUGUGACAUAGAGGAACACGAUGUUCGAGGAAAUCAGCUCCUUUGUCCCCGAGUGAGAGAAGGGCCCUCAGAAGAGGAGCUGUUUUUCAGAAGAGAAGAACACCCUUUGAAAAAAAGAAAACAAGUAACUGACACAGAGAAAUGGGAAAAGAGGCUGCAAGAGAACUGGGAAAACUGUGCUGAGCUGAACCUUUCAUUCCAGGACCUGGGUGAUCUUUACCAGGUGGAAAACUUCAAGAGGAUUCUCCAAAGAUUAAUUCGGGUGGAAAAGCUUUGGUUGGUGGACAAUUCCCUGACAGACCUCAGUGCCAUAAGGUUGCCAAGAUGCAGAGAAUUAAAUGUCAAUAAAAACCACUUUAGAUCCUUCAAACAGCUGCCAAAGAUCCCUCAGAUUCAGCACUUAUCUCUGGCUGAAAAUAACAUUGUGACACUAAGUGGAAUAUCAGAUUUCAGACACACUCCGCUCGAAUCCCUCAUUCUCAAGAGGAAUCCCUGCGAGUUCCAAGAAAGAUACAGACAACUUGUAUUCUCCAGUUUGCCAAAUCUGAAAAUGCUGGAUGGGAUCCCAAAACUGCCAGAGGACUAUUCACCCCCAGAAAUCAGGUUUUUUUACAAAAUGUGUACUAUACUCUAGCACUGUAUUUUUGGGGGAUCACGACUGUGCUCACAACCACCUCGCUGAAAACAGACAAUAAAUCCUACUUAGGGAAGUUUUUUUUUUUUCUUAACUAAAGAGAUAUUGAAGCAGAAAUGUAACAGUUUUGAGUGCAUUUGUGAUACCACAGACUUCGAGUAAGUAUGGAAAUGGAUGUGUAAAUAACACAUAAUGUGUAUACUGAGUGUCAUGAGUUCAAUGUAUUAAAAAUAGUGGGUGACUUUCUUGUCUAGGAGCUCUGUGUAGACAAAAAUCUCACAAUUACUGACUCCCACCUCACUUACUUGAAACUUUCCAAGUUCAGACCCCGAGUUCAUUGUGGGAAAUGGCACAGGGAUGAACACCCAGGCUGCAAAAGAAAGGGAAAAAAUCCCACAAGUCAAUAAAAGAACCCACCGAUAUCCUCGUGCUCUUUAAUGUGCUUUGUAGGUGGGCAAAGCAGAGCCACCCCCACCAU